CGCAGCAGCCCUAGCUGCUAGUUCUGUGCCUGAACUCUCACUUGUUUGCCCUCGCUGCUGAACAAAGGCGAAGAAGAAGACGAAGAGCAACUCCAAUGUCGCGUCGGGAGGAUCGUGAUUCUGACUCUAAACGACACCGUUCGAGAUUCGAUAGGGAACCCAGUCCUAAGCGGUCUAGGAGGGAUGGAAAACCAGCACCAGAGAGGUUACCUAGCAAUUCUAAUUUGGAUUUCAGAAACCACACAGAUCAGGAUCAAAAGCAUCGCCGCCAACUGCAAGAUGGAUUGCCUCUUGGCUCCUCGUUAACGUCUGAUGCUAGACUAGAUAAAGGGGCUGUAACCAAGGAACCUGACAGGAAAUCUAAUGGACUUGAAGAAGGAACAAAGCAUUCGUCUAAUCCAACUGAAGUGCCACGAUCACGAUCUUAUUUUCAGCACGAUGAGCGUGGUAAUGCCGGGCAAGUUGGUCGAAGCUCUGGUUGGGGUGCAGCCAGUGAACGUGGAUGGUGGAGGGAUUCAAGGGAUCAGCAUAAAGAAAGGACAGAAAAUAAGGCAGGAACUAAUGAUACAUGGCAACAAGAUGAGAGAGCCAAGGGAGAUGAAAAAGACAGCUGGAACCAUGGUGGGUUCUUUGAAAUGGAGGCUGAUCCACCUCCUGCAAGGAAAAGACCUGCAUUUAGAGAGAAGAAGAUUCAAGCCCACUCUGGAAGUGCUGAUAAAGCAUCUGCUGAUACUGUAAAGUCGAGCUAUCUGGACCUCCCUUCAGAAAGUGGAAAAAGGGAGGAAAGAGGUUACAGUGGCCGCCAUUUGGAUAGUUCAGAGAAGCCAUUUUCAGGAGACAAAGCAGCACCAUAUAGGAGAGAAACACAGAGAACUGGUUUUCUUUCAAGAGAAAGAUAUGGUGGUGGCGGUGAUGGAAAUUAUAAGGGAAGAGAUAGAUACAGUGGGGGGAGGCGUGGGUAUUGCAGUAAUGGUACUCAGGUCGAGAAAUGGAAACAUGAUCUAUAUCACGAGGCUAAUAGAAGUCCAACCCCAAAAAAUGAAGAGGACCAAAUUGCUAAGGUGGAGGCACUCCUGGGUUCAUAGGAAUGCAGUUGCUUGGUAAUGCACAGUUGUUUUUGUUAUCUUCAUAUGCGAUGCCCCUUGUCAUUAAGAGCUCUUUUGGAAAUUGUAUGUGUUUAUAACAUUAAGAUAAUCAUGGCGUGUUAGUAGAAGGUACUUUUAUUGGUUUUGUUUGAUUUGAAUGGCCAUAAAUAUCAUACUCGCAGGUGGGGAGUUGGUCGUUUAAAUGCUGAUUAUGAAUUUUGUUGAAGUUACUGUGAUAUUUUCCAUUGCUUCUAGACUUCCUUUUUAUGAUGCAAAAAUCCAUACAGUGCAAUACGUUAUAGAAGGCUUUAUGAAAAGUUUGUUUGUUUGUCUUUUUUCUUUA